CCUCUGGUACUCUCCCACUGACCUCCCGCCAAGUUACGACCUUCCACUGCUGUCCCGUACUUCGUACUCAGGCACCGAUUGUACCUUUGCUCCGAGCCUCUGUCAUAGUCCCUACCUCAAACUUUGACUCCACCUCGGUCUUAGUCCAUUGCAUUGGUGACCUCAUACUACAUAAACACCAUUGCCAAUAUUCCUCGGACUUUCAACCCCACCUCUGUAAGCUCCAUAAGCUCCGCAACCUCCGAGCUUUGCGGAUCACCUUCGGCACUUUCACCGCUUGUAAUGUAUCUCUUGUGUUUUCCCCUCAUCCCUAUUUGGACUGCUGCUUCUUCCCAUUCUAGCCAGUUAGUCAUCAUCCCCACUUCUCACCAUCCUCCUGCCCCUCUGGGCCUCACCCUCCCUACCUCCUUUCGGACGUAUCACAGGUUCUGUCUCAUGACCUUCAGUACCACUCCGCUUCUCUCUCUUGCAACGUCUUCAUUCCGAUUCGGAUCCCCUUUGUUUCCUUGUGCUUUUGCCCCCUCCAUUAUAUAUAUCGGCGCUUACUUCCUGCUCGCCUACUGUGAAAUUAAGGACCAAAUGGACAAACAGCAAUGGCACAGCACUCCGCUUGAGUCGCUGAGGCCAAGGUCCCUCCAUGCUAAGUCUCCAAUUCCACUCCGGAGUCAUCUGAAUCCGCCC